UUGGAAAUGAGUACCAACCAAAGUUACUACUUCACAGUUUCCUCGUGGCUUUUUCUUUUCUGCAGUUGACUUGAACGAAAAUGGCAACCCCAAUUUCAAAAAAGCGAAAAUUUGUCGGAGACGGCGUUUUUAAAGCCGAAUUGAAUGAAUUUUUAACUCGUGAACUCUCAGAGGAUGGAUAUUCCGGAGUGGAAGUGCGUGUUACCCCUACACGUACAGAAAUUAUUAUUAUGGCAACCAGAACUGAUAGAGUAUUGGGUGAGAAGAACAGAAGGAUUAGAGAAUUGACCUCUGUAGUUCAAAAGAGAUUCAACUUUAUUGAAAAUUCUGUAGUGUUAUAUGGAGAAAAAGUUGCCAAUAGAGGUCUAUGUGCUAUUGCCCAAGCGGAAUCACUUAGAUUCAAAUUGAUUGGAGGAUUAGCUGUUAGAAGGGCUUGUUACGGUGUUUUAAGGUACAUCAUGGAAUGUGGAGCCAAAGGAUGUGAAGUAGUUGUAUCUGGUAAAUUGAGAGGACAAAGAGCUAAAUCCAUGAAAUUCGUCGAUGGUCUUAUGAUUCACUCAGGAGACCCUUGUAAUGAUUAUGUAGACACAGCUACCCGUCAUGUAUUGUUGAGACAAGGAGUGUUGGGAAUCAAAGUCAAGAUAAUGUUGCCAUGGGAUCCCAGUGGCAAAACUGGCCCUAAGAAACCUCUUCCUGAUAAUGUAUCUGUAGUAGAACCCAAGGAAGAAGUUUUACCGACCAGUCCCAGCAGUGAAAUUAAAGCCCCAAAACCAGAAGCUCCUCCAGCUAUUCCAGUAGCUGUAGCAUGAGGGUCUUAAUGUUUUUUAUAAAUUAAAAAUAUCCAAAUUAAAAAUUUUCUAAAAAUUCAA